AUGGCUCCAAAGAAGGACGCAAAGGCCGAUAAGGCUCAAGCCAAGCCCGCCAAAUCCGGAGGCGGCAAGCAGAAGAAAAAGAAGUGGAGCAAGGGAAAGCAGAAGGAGAAGGUGAACAACAUGGUGCUGUUCGACCAGGCCACGUACGACAAGAUGCUCUCCGAAAUCCCCAAGACGAAGCUCAUCACCUCCUCCGUGCUCUGCGACCGCCUGCGCUAUGCCUGGUCUGCCUGUCUUUCCUCUGGUCUUCUUCUCCUCGUCCUCUACUUAUCUGCAAGCCCAUCUUUUCUCCCUCCAUCUCCCCUUCCGCCAAAUCCCCUUCCGCCAACUCCCCCUCCCCCAUCCUCCUUCGUCGGGGGUAGCGUCCGCCAAUCCGGCUUCACGGCGUCGCCCCUUGCGCCUUCGUGCGCGAGCUUCCCCCCGUCCUGCGGAAACCCAUCCCCCCGUCCCUCUCGCUUCAGGCCGUCGUCAGCAGGAGGCGCUUCCCCUCCGUUUGCUGCUUCUCCUGCUUCUGCCCUUGCUGCUCCCACUUCUGCCGUUGCUGCACCUGCUUCCCCUCCGUUUCCUGCUGCCUCCGCUUCAACCCUUGCUGCUCCUGCUUCCUCUGCCACUGCUGCUGCUUCAUCUGCUGUCGCUGCCCCUCAUAAGCCAAGUGCCAACGCCAAUCGUGGUGGAUUGUCUGCGGCUCUGCAGACGUUGCAGUUGCUGCCCGGGACAGGUGCUGACCUGGCACCAGCUGCUGACCUGGCAACGUGUGCUGAGUUGGCAGUGCCAAGUGAAGCGCCAGAGAAGCACAGAGAUGCACGUCACUCCACUCCCUUUGAACGCCACGUCAGCAGCUGCCGCAUCAACACCACUCCAGCAUCAGCGCCAACAGUCAGCGACCUCUUUUUCCACCGCUGGCUCGCUUCCAGGGCCGCCACGUCAGCUUGCAGCGGGGAGAGGAGUUGCGUGCGGAAAUCCCUGCUGAAACGGUCGCUGGUUGGUUCGUUUGAGGAGUCGCUGAUGUGGCAGGCUGCUACUGGCCAGGAGGAGGGCAGCGGGGUAAAGUACAUUAGAGGGUUCAAAGCCAUGCUAGCCGUGCUGUUGCAGCAAGGGGAGUGGACCGCCGUUCCUGUCAGAACCACCUUUUCAGCAGCCUUCCUGCCCUCCUUUUCAUCAUCCCCUCGCCCUCCUCUAUUUCCCCGUUCUUGUCCCUCUGUCCCUCCCCUCAUGGAAGUACAUCAGCGGUACAUCAGUGGUUUUAAGGCCAUGCUAGCCGUGCUGUCGCAGCAAGGCGAGUGGACGACCGAUCCGUACAUCAGCGGGUUUAAGGCCAUGCUAGCCGUGCUGUCGCAGCAAGGGGAGUGGACCGCCGACCCGGUCAGAACCACCUUCUCGGCCGCCUUCCUGCCCUCCUCACCGUCCCAGCUGUAUGCUGCCAGCAUUACGGUUGGUAGAGGGCAGGGGGAGGGGGAGAGUGGAGGCAAAGGGAGGGUAGCAGUGGUGGGGUUGGAGCAAUCAGGCACGAGCAAGCAUGCUGGCAUGGCUCGUGGUGAUGCUCCCAGGGCUGACAGUCUCGGUUCUGAUGGGUGCAGUGCGGCGAUUCCAGUUGACAGAAGAGUCGCGGGUAAGCGCAAAGACACUCGCAGGGAGCUGCUGUUUGGAGUGGAAGGCGGGACGGGAGCAGAAGCGGCAGCAGCCGCAGCAGCAGCAGCAGCAGCAGCACGAGAUGAUCGGGUAGAAACGAAUUCGUCUGGUGAUUUUCAGCAAGCUGAAACGGAUGGGCGGAAGGAGCAGCAGAGGCAGAAGCAGAGGGCGAGAGUGCGGGUGCCGACCAAAGGGCGCAUUCAGCUGCUGCUGUCGAACCCAGAGGGCACACCCAUCCACACCUUCUCCUGCUCCUACGACCUCUCUGAUAUGCCCCCCAACUCCAAGACCUUCAUUCGCCAGAGAACGCUGCUUGCACCCAAGCACGCUGCCGCGCCCUUCCAGGAAGCUUCUGGUUGCUCAAGCCACCAAGCUCCUCCUCCUUUGCAGCAGCAGCAGCAAACGAGGCAAGGAAACACACAGGAGCAGCAAGAGGAGGCGCAAUCGGGAGCAGUGAGAGCUGUGAUUCACCUGCAGUUCCAGUGCCUGCCCAAGCCACGCAGUGCUGCUGCGGCUGCUGUUACUGCUGCUGCUGCUGUUACUGCUGCUGCUCCUGGUGGUGGUGGUGACGGCGCCACUGCUACUGCUGCUGCUACUGGCGGUGGUGAUGCCGCUGCUGCUGCUAGUGGUGGUCAUGUUGGUGGUGGUGAUGGGCAAUGGGAGGGGCAAGGGGAUGUCCAAGGGGAGGGUUCAAAGGAAUCCCGCAAGCACAGGCGUGAGGGCGGCAGGGAACGGAAAACUCGACUGUUCCUGUGUGGCGAUGUGCGGGUGGUCUUCCCUCUCUCUGCACCCACCUCCGACAACCUCAAGACCGUUACAGAGUACCAGCUUCCAUCCAACCCGCGUUUCUUCCCCUGCUGCUGA